ACUAUUUAGUAAUCUAGUCUGUGUACGGCUUCUCGUUUAGAGUAGCUUACUAAAGUUGUAAUUCUUUAGUAACUAGUUAUAUUUCUGUUACUUGAUCAUAAAUCAAUAAACUAUGAGAGGCAGAGGUGGACAACGAGGUAGAGGAUCCGCUCGAGGUGGACUGGGCAAAAGGGAAUGGGACGCGAAAAAAUCUGCAACACAAAAUGGCCCACUGAUGACGGAUCACUUGAGAGACAUUGAUAUAGAGUUGGAGAUACUGAACAGACGAAGACAGAUGCUUCAGCAAGAGCAUGAACUGCUUGAUCAGGAAAGGGAAUAUAAUUUGAAGAGACAUUAUGAUUAUGAGCAACCUAUGACUUCUUAUAACCAGCCUAUCUACUAUGACAGGCAAGGCAAUAAACGCCAGGCUGUUGAAAGAGCUCCUUCAAAACGGUUCAACCCUGCAAGAGUUGAACCCUGGGAGCACAAUGCCCAAUCAAAUAACCCUAGCUUUAUGGCUCAAAUCCCUCCAUUACUUGGCUCUGUGCCAAGAAUCCUUCCGAUUAGACCUGCUAGACCACCUUCACGUAAAGAGUUUAGGCCAACUAAGCUCACAGCCCCAGUACGUAGCAAUUUCAAUCCAACAAGGGUAACGAAACAGAAAUCGCGUACUGGCUAUUUAAAAAAGACUUCAAUCUCACACCCUAAAGAUGUCCAACCAAAAACGAACAUUACACCAAAAUCUAGCUAUGUGCCUCCAAAACCUAUUGUUGUGCCUCCAAAAUCUAGUGAGGCCCCAACUUCCGCUCCAAUAGAAGAUGACACAUACAUUUUGCGUCAUAACGUCCAGCCUUCGCCGCAGUUGAAUGGCCGAUUGGAAUUAGCUUUAGGAACUAUUUUAAAGGAUAUUAAAAAAAUAGAUUCCUCUAAUUUAUCCCAAACCGCGGCGUCAGUUCAAAGGCAACGAACACUUAAGCAGAUAAUUAGAGAAAGGAUUCACUCUGUCAUGCUAGAUAAGAAGGUUGGGCAUAUGCAAGAUACCAUUGCUUGCUACCGAAAAAAAUAUCCACUAGAGACAGACGCCGAAUUACUUAAACUUGGCCAUGAUUGUCAGGCUUACUAUAUCCACACCUUGGGUAUUACACCUACUAUUAACUCAGAUAAUAUAAAGGACUUUUUCAAGGCCCAUCUGACUAAAGUACUGCAUAAUAAAGUAGAAAAACUUUUGAUUCAACUUAAGGAUAUCAGCUCAGUUCAAGAUGGUGAUGAUACAAUAGUGAAAGCGAUGGAUGAUGUAGUUGACCUACAAGAGAGUGAUAUUGCAGAAGAUUCACCACGAAAACCUGUGACUAUGAAUGAGUUAUCUAAAGAUGAAGGAUCUGAAGAGGAGAAAGUCAGUAAGAAGAUUGAGAAGGCAAAGAUUUAUAUGAAGUUGAUGGAGAACUUAAUUGAUGUUAGACUACCUGCAAUACUUGCCAGACAUAAAGACAGUUUUGUCACAAUGAUUGAAGCUGACAAAGAAUAUAAACUUGCUAAGGCUGAAGUUAUAGGGGCCACAGUGAAGGAAGCUGUUUCUCUGGUUGCUAAGAAAAUUGAUAGUACCAGGAUCCUGGAUGCAACUAUUGAUAAUACUACAAUCACUAAAGAGACUGAACAUCCUGAAGAAAACGAAGCAGUUUCAGUAUUGGAACCUACUCUCUCGCAAAAUAUUUUAACUCCACCACUGGUGUGUGUGAGCACACCAACUUCCAAAAUAACUGAACAUCCCUAUUAUGUAAAGUUAAUUGGCCGUCCUGAACUACCAUCUCGCGCGUCAGUCUACGCAUAUUUAGAGCAAUUCAAACCUGCUAGCAUCAAAAAGCAUAAAACUAUUGGUAAUUUGCUAGUCAUUGGAUUUAAUGACCAGGACGCUUAUGAAAAAAUAAUGGAAGCUGGCGAAAAAAUAAUUGGUGAAAAUACAAUCACUGUAAGGUCAAGUGAAAAGGUAAACCUUACUCCUCAAAAAGUUGAAAAUGUUAAUACAAGUCCACAGAAGAGUGAUGAUGCAAUGAAUGACACAACUUCAAAAGAAAGUACUUCACUUAACGAUGCAGACGAAAAUUCAAAUAAGGAUUCGGACGCAAGAGAUCUUAACGACAGCUUGAACAUUGGUCAAGAUCUUGAAGAUCAAAUAACUAGCUUACUCAUGGUCGUAGAGAACGAAGAUGAAAAUAAGGAUAAUGGUGAAAUUGAUGAACAUGUAAAUACUGAUAAGAAGUAUGAAAAUAAAGACAAAAUUAAACCUAGUGAAAGUGACGGUAAUCUUGGGGAAGAAACUUAUAAAACGCAUUCCGAGGUAACAACUCGUGUAGAUAAUAUUCAACCAAUGGAAACGAUACCUCAGGACGAUGAAAAGUUAAAUGGUAAUGAAACAAAAGAUGACAACGAAAAUGGAAUCGAUCCAGAAAAACAAACAAAAAACGCACUUGUUGAUGUAAAUGAUGAUAAAAGUAAUCUUAAAGAUUGUGGACGUGCAACACCAACAAGGUCCUCAUCUAGAUUAGCAGCAACUCCUAGUACUAUUAAAACUAGACGCGCCAGUAGAGUAGCGCAAAAUCAAUGAUGUUAGUUUGCUCAAUUAAAAUUUGAUUAAUAUUAAUUUUAUGUGAAUUUCGUAUAAAGCUAUGUUAGCUUAUAAUUAUGUGACUAAUUAUGGAUUAAAUUUAAUAAAUUCUUA